AUGUCUUUACAAAACCUCAUGCAACAGAGCAGCAAUGGCAAUGUGGGGGACUACUGUGCUCGUCCAACGUAUAGCUCCUGCUCCACUCUCACAGGCAGUCUUCAGAGGGACGAUAAUAGAAGGAUUCAAAUGCUGGCAGACACCGUGGCCACUUUGCCUCGGGGACGAAAGCAGGAUGUGAGUAAAGAGCGUGUGUCAUGGCUAAGAGCAUUGCUGCUCUUUCUGGAUGGAGUUGACAGAAAACUGGUUAUUGUGGAAAAGCAGGAUAAUGGAACAUUUGGAUUUGAGAUUCAGACUCACAGACACCAGAACCAGAACACCUGUUCCUGGGACUUAUGUACUCUGAUCUGCAAAAUAGAAGAGGACAGUCCAGCUCACUGCUCUGGCUUGCGCACUGGUGAUGUCCUUGCAAAUAUCAAUGGCGUGAGCACAGAAGGCUUCACCCACAAACAAGUGGUUGAUUUGAUCAGAUCUUCAGGAAACCUACUAACGAUAGAGACUCUUAAUGGAACAAUGAUUCUCCGAAGAACAGAGCUUGAAGCAAAGUUGCAGGUUUUAAAGCAAACCUUAAAGAAAAAAUGGGUGGAGUUCAGAUCUCUGCAGUUACAGGAACAACGCCUGCUUCAUGGUGAUGCAGCUAACUGCCCAAGUUUGGAAAACACAGACAUAGAUGAAUCCUCUUUGUUUGAAGCACUGCUUGGGCCUGGCGCGGUCCUAGUGGACCACAAUAGAUUAUCCAGUGAGAGCAGUUGCAAGAGCUGGCUGAGCUCCGUGACCAUGGACAGCGAGGACGGCUAUCAGACGUGCAUGUCUGAGGACUCUAGCAGGGGGGCCUUCAGUCGGCAGACAAGCACAGAUGAUGAGUGUUUUGUCCUCAAGGAUGGGGACGAUUUCCUAAGGAAGUCUUCCUGGAGGAGGAACCGGAGCAUCAGCACCGCCAGCAGUGGAUCCAUGUCUCCCUCCUGUGAGGGCAACUUCUCAAGCGUGUUUGGUACCCUUCCCCGUAAAAGCAGAAAGGGGAGUGUGCGGAAACAACUCUUGAAAUUCAUCCCUGGCCUUCACCGCGCCGUGGAAGAGGAAGAGAGUCGCUUUUGA